ACUCCCAAGAUGCACGAGUAGAGACACUAUAUACCACGAUGGGACCAGGCGAAUGCAAAGUUGAUAAAGUUACUAAAGCAUACGGCGUGAAUGUUCAAUUUACAAGGCAUUUUCAUUCCAAGCACACCCUUCACCUAAUGGGACAUUUCGUGAAUCACCGGCACCGCUGGUAUUCUGUUGAAUUAGACACAAUGGAUGUGAAAAAGAAAGAUGGUUCAUACUACUCGACUGAGCGGCUCUUGCAUACUUUCGCCAACGGCAACUGCGGCAUCUUCUCUAUAACAAGAAACUGGGGUGGAAGAGGUAAUCAGUACGAACUCCGCGUCAAGAACGGAUACAAUGGAUAUGGAAAGUGUUAUAGCAGAUUUGAAUUGGACACAAAAAGAGCAGGAGUAUUCAAGAAAAUCAAACCCUGCAAGAACAAGCGAUGAAGUCACACCCAAUUUCGCAUAUGUUUGUGAACGCAGUGCAAAUAAAAUGAACUAACGUGCCUAGCAGUUUAAGAAAAUCCAAGUUUACCAA